AUGGAUAUUAUUCAACGGGCGGUGGGUCUGGUAGGGGAAUAUGCUAAAGCUCAAGAAGCUCAUCCUAGGGAGAUUAAGAAUGAUGAUGGAGGGUGUAAGGUUUGGAAGCCACCAGUGGAAGGGUCCUACAAGAUUAAUGCGGAUGCAGCCAUCUUCAAAGACCGCACGGUGGGGCUAGGAGGAGUCAUGCGGGACGCGGCUGGAGAGGUUAUGGGGGCCACAUGUAUGCAUUUGGAGGUGGAACUGGGGGUGGACGAAGCAGAGGCAUGUGCUGCUCGUCAUGCGCUGCAGACCGCCGUGGAGAUGGGCCUUCGCCACAUUGUUCUGGAAUCUGAUAGUCUUAAAGUGAUCUCGCACCUGCUGACCAAAAAGGGUGAUGAAUCGAGCUUUGGCAAUGUAGUUGAGGAUAUUCUAUGGCUAGGAUGCUUUUUUUCUAGCAUAUCUUUCAAUCAUGUACGUAGAGAAGGAAAUAGAGUAGCACAUACUAUAGCUCAACGAAGUAAAGAGUAUGGGUGUAUGCGUGUUUGGAUGGAAGAAGUGCCUCCUGAGGCUGUAGCGUGUGUAAUCUCGGAUUUGGCUUUAAUGAAUGAAUAG